GGAAGUUAUUUAGAUCAAUUCAUCGUUUGAAUCUGUAGUUCAGUUAGUUGCUAGUUGGGGAUAAGCAAUGGGGAAAACUUAAAUUGGACUAUCUGAGUGUAUACGUUCUACGAUGUCGUGCAAAUGCAAAAGCCAGCGUUGUGUGUGGAGCAAUGUCGAAGCUGUGAAGUAAUGACAACUCAUCACGACGUUCGUUUACUAUGAGCUCUCUAUCAGCCCACUCUCCGACAUCAAGUUCGUCAUGCAGGACACUGCCUGGAGAGGGAAAUCAGGUGCAGCCCAAAGCCCCUCUCCUACAGAUUCUGCGUGUGGCCGGAGCCCAGGAAGAUGUCUUCACACUGAAGGAGGUGAUGCACUAUUUGGGACAGUAUAUCAUGGGGAAGCAACUGUAUGACAAACAGAGGCAGCACAUUGUCCACUGUCAAGAUGACCCUUUGGGAGAGCUGCUGGAAGUGGAGAGCUUCUCCGUCAAGAACCCGAGCCCGGUGUAUGACAUGCUGAAGAAAUAUGUGGUUGUUCUUGGUAACAGUGACGCUGCAGAGAAUCUUUCUGUGGGCCGUGAAUGUGUUGAGGGCGGAGUGGAGGAUCGUGGUCAGAUCUGUGGAGGAGUGGUCAAAGCAGGACUAGAGGCUUGUAGUGGUGGGCCUCUCCUGCAGACCCCCUCUCAGAGGCGACCUCGUGAGCCAGAUGAAGACUCUCUCGAAGGAAUGCCGCGGUCAGCCUGCAAACGACCCAAAUUGGAUGUUACUUUAGAAGAGUGGGACCUCUCUGGCCUCCCUUGGUGGUUUUUGGGUAACCUCCGUAGUAACUACAGCUGCAGGAGCAAUGGGUCCACAGACAUUCACACAAACCAACUGUCGCCCGCACAGGAGGAAGACACUGCUAUUGUGUCGGACACUACCGAUGACCUCUGGUUCCUGACUGAAGGUGAGAGUGAACAGGUCAGUGUGGAGAUGAAAGAGGCUGCACUGGAGGAAGGCAGCAGAGGAGAAGGGGAGGCCCCACCUGAGGAUGAUGAUGGAGGCGGUAAAGAGGAAAAGGCAGAUCGAGAGAUGCAGGAGGAGCCAGAUGACGACUCUCAGUGCCUGAGCGAUGAUACGGAUACAGAGGUUUCCACACAGGAUGCAUGGCAGUGCACAGAGUGUAAGAAGUAUAAUACACCUCUCCAGAGGUAUUGUGUUCGCUGCUGGGCUCUACAGAAGAACUGGUACAAAGAUGUUCCUCGACUCGUCCAUUCCCUUUCUGUUCCUGACAUCGCAGCAUGUAGCUCUCUUAUCGCCCAAGAUGAGGAUGAUGACAGCGAGGCAGGCUUCGAUGUCCCAGACUGCACCCGAACAGUGUCUGACCCUGUUAUCCUGCCCUCCCAUUCCACUGCAGACCGACCAUUGCCCCCUAUGGCCAUGGGAAAAGACAAGCGGCCGCGGCCCGCCAGCUUCCACAAGGAUGAGGUGCUGUCGGGAGGGGAGAGUCAGGAAAAUCUAGGCAUGGAGGUUGAGGAAGUCAGGCCUGAGGCUCUGCUGGAACCCUGCAAGCUCUGCCGAGUGCGACCGCGUAAUGGAAACAUAAUACACGGUCGUACAGCUCAUCUGCUUACGUGCUUCCCCUGUGCGAGGAGGCUGCACAAGUUCCAGGCUCCUUGUCCAGGAUGUGGAAAGAUCAUUCAGAAGGUUAUUAAGAUAUUUAUUCUCUAAAAUUCACAGCAGUUCUAAUUUAAGAGUUGUAUUUGAAAACCAUUUGAUCAUACAUGCAUGCACAAUGCUCUGCUCGUCGACUGGCACACAAGUUGUGCACCUUAACGUACCUAAAAAUAAGAGCACCUGGUGAAACUUGUUUUUGCCUGUAUGGGUUACUCUGCAUUAUUAUUGGUGAUACAAACCUGGACUGGAACGUUCCUCAUACCAAAUGCUUGUAUUGGUGCCACAAUUAUUUAAGAGACAAGCAAAUUAUAUAUUUAUUAGAUGCCAUCAGGUGCUUCUUUCCUUUGCGUUUAAGUUGUGCUGUUUGAGAGAUGAUAGUGCUUGUUUUGUUGUCUUUUAAAUGUUUUGCCUCCUAGAUUCACAAAUUCCAUUUUCCUGACAAAGCUGCAUUAUGGCUUUUUUUAAGUAAUAUAUCCUGUAGUACAUAAAGCAUUUUUUUUAUCUUGCCUAGACUCUUAAGAUUCGAGUUAGAAAGACAAGACUAAAGAUGAGCAGUUCCUAAAACAAUUUAUCCACAUUUAAAUAUAAAUAUUCUUAAAUGUUCUAUUCUCACAAAAUGAAUGUACUAUGAUAUAUGUGGUCACUAAAGUUCCAUUUCUCUCAACCCCAUACUGUAGAACUGAACUAAACCUGUUUGAGAAGAGUUUCAGCUGGUAAAAUGCUUUGUUGUGCAUGCAGUUGCCGUCGUACUUACCGGGUUAAUUCCGUGUGCUCGUUCUGACUUUAGAAUUUUUUUGUAUGUUGUUUUUGUAUUUAAUUUAUUUAUAAUUGUUUUCUUUAGAUGACCAACAUAAAUGAAGCAGAAAAGGCAGCACUUGUUACAGAGUUGUAUUGUUGAUUUUCCAGCAGCGUGUUUUCUGAAAACUGUGCCAUCGCUGAAAAUGUCCGUGCCGUAGUCGUGGGGGGUCGGAGGACUGAUUGAUGCAUUACACUGCCAAGUAAUGACUUUAAUUUGUAUAUAACAGAUUUUAUUUUACUGCUAAUGCAUUUUGUGAAAGUUCUAUUGCUGGCCUAUGUAUAAACUACCUUAUUUCAGUAAAUGUGUGAUCUAUCUAUAGAUGCGGUAUGCGCUUUAUUCAAGCCUAAUCUUUCUGCCAGCAGGUGGAGAUAUGUCUCCAUUACUGUGUCUGAUGCCCACAGAAGCUGUACAGUGUUUAGCACCAGCACUAAGCUGUGUGAAAGCUAUAUUAGCUUAAUAAAACCUUUAAA